AUUUAAAGAACAAGAUAAAGAGCUAAAAAAAUAAUAAUGGAGAGUUGAACUUUUAUUAUGUGGCUUCACAACCAUGAUAACCAUCCAUGUACCAUGCCAUCAUACCAUUCAUUCCUCAACAUUACAUCAAAAAUCAAAUCAUUCAACAAAAAUCUCCAUAACUUCUACUUGUUCUUGUUCUUGUUCUUGUUCUUGUGCUUCUUUAGUAACACAACUAACAAGUAGUAGUAGUAGAAGAUUAUUGCUCUCAAGUUGUAUUGUAAUAUCUACUAUAUCCCUAGCUUCAUUUUUCUCAUUUUCUGGUGCUUCUUUGUCAUUGACUCCUAGUAUUUCAAGUGAUGCCAUUGCUAAAUUCUAUGAGAUACCAAAUUCUGGUGGUGUUAAGGCCUUGGAACUUCGUGUUGGUACUGGUUCAAACCCUGUUGAUGGUGAUCAGGUAGCAAUACAUUACUAUGGAAGGUUAGCAGCAAAGCAAGGGUGGCGUUUUGAUUCAACAUAUGAUCACAAAGAUUCAACUGGUGAACCAAUUCCAUUCUUCUUCAUCCUUGGCUCCAGCAAUGUGAUUUCAGGGAUUGAAGCAGCAGUAAGAUCAAUGAAAGUAGGUGGCAUUCUAAGAGUAAUCAUACCACCAUCACAAGGAUAUCAAAACACAACCCAAGAACCUUUACCACCCAAUUUUUUUGAUAGGCAACGAUUGUUCACUACAAUCUUCAACCCCACACGUCUUGCUAAUGGAGAAGGUUCGACAUUAGGAACUGUGAUAUUCGAUAUUGAACUUGUUAAUGUCAAGCAUUAACAAUGGAGAUUUCAUAUUAGAUCGUGUAAUCAUUGUUACUAGUCAUAUCAUUACAUAUUUUCAUUGUUAUACUCCAAUCUCGUAUAAUGUAUAUAUAGGUGCUAUUGCGACUUGCAGUAGUGAAAUGUGCUCAUUUAUAUAUUUUCGUAGUCUAAGUA